UGGAUCGUGGACAACAUCAUCGACUCCAUAGAGAAGAGCCACAAGACGCUGUUUGUGCUGUCCGAGCACUUUGUGCAGAGCGAGUGGUGCAAAUACGAGCUGGACUUCUCGCACUUCCGCCUCUUUGACGAGAACAACGAUGCAGCGAUCCUGGUCCUCCUGGAGCCCAUCCAGAGCAAAGCCAUCCCCAAGAGGUUCUGCAAGCUGCGGAAGAUCAUGAACACCAAGACCUACCUGGAGUGG